UCGUGAUGAGUUUUAAUGCAUGUGAUUAAUGAAAAUAGACUUUCUCCACGAUUCCGGAGCCAAUGGUAUACUUUGUUUUUCGAUUCGGACAACUUUUUCCCUGAUUUUACUGUUGCUGUACUGUUACAAAAAACAUGCUUCCACUCGGAAUUUGGACGAAUCGAGUUCAUUUUUGAGUCCUUUGGCCCGUUUGUAGGCUACCAUAUGGCUAGUAACGAGGAUCACCCACAUGGUGAUGAGACCGUUGGUGGUGCGGAAAGGGAAAUUAAACGUGGAAUAACGGUUAUGAAGAAAGUUAUUCGAGAUAGAGAUCGAGGCGUUUUAAUAAAAGUGCAUUGGAACGAAGGUGGACAACUAAUUGAGCCUAACGGUUCAACAUUGACAAGUUUUAUUGGUGCAUUGGUAAGGAAUGAAGUUCCAAUUACUUGUGAUAAUUGGAGAAAUAAACAAUUGAACGAAGCUAAAGACAAAAUAUGGAGUGAGAUAAAGAGGUGUUUCGACAUCGAAGAAAACAGAAGAGAUCAUUGUCUCAAAUUGGCCGGAAAGUUACUAAGAGGGUUUAGAACCUUUUUAUCAACCACCUUUCUUAGGGAUACGGAAGGUACUUUUGUUGAUGCAGAGCUUCCAUCUAAAUAUGCAAGUUUGAUUUCACCUAAAGAAUGGGAAACGUUUAAAUCCAAACGAAAAACCCAAGAAUUUAAGAGUGUAAGUGAAACAAACCGGCAAAGAGCAUCAAGUCCGGCGUAUCCCUAUAGAAAAGGGCGUGUUGGAUAUGGACGCUUAGAGCAGUCUAUAUUAACAAAGGAGAAUAGUUCUGAAACAUCUCUUCCGGCACAUGUUUUGUGGAAGGAAGCCCGUGUCGGUAAGGAUGGAAAGAUUAAAGAAGACGUUCAACAAAUAUUUGAGAAAUGUGAGACUCUAUCUCAAUCUAUAGUUCCAUAUGAAGACACUGAUUGCAGGAGCAUACUGAGUCGAGCAUUAGAUGUUCCCGAGUAUUCUGGUCGGGUGAGGGGCAAGGGAUUUGGGAUCACUCAAAAAUCCUUGAAUAUUAAAAAACAAAAGACUCCUAGCAAUAAAGAACUGCAGCAAACUUUGGAAGCAUUAAAAGCUGAAGUUCUUGAAUUAAGAAAGGAAAGAGAAAGAGAUCGAGCAGCGGGUUUUAAAGAUACUAGUGACAAAGAGGAUUUUGAUCAAAUUUUGUAUCAUACGCAAUUAAGCGUUGGUGUUAUCAACACAUACAUGAGGUAUUUAUAUGACAAAUUGAUGGGUCCGCGUGGGUUGGAGCAAAGAUUCUCAUUCUUAAAUCCCAUGAAAACGAACUUAACCGAAAUGAUAAGAAAACCAGAUGAAGUCAGGACGUAUGUAGUCGAGCGCUUUAUGGCCGACACAGAUAGAGAAAAGUUGUUCUUUUUACCGUUUAAUACCGGCGACAGUGGACAUUGGUUGUUGGUCGCGAUAAAUCCUUUUAAAGAAAUUGUGUAUUAUUUGGAUUCUUUACACAAUGAUUAG